UUUAACUCUUGAUUCAUAUUUUCUUCUUUGACACAACAAACUUUUCUCAAACAAAAACCAGACAAUGUUCUUCUCCCCCAAAAUCCAAUCACGAACCAAACCACUCACAUCCCACCUCUUUAACCACUCAAUAUCAAAACCCCUCUUCUCCACCACCCACACUACUCCAUACAUCAACCCCAAUCAACAACAACAACCACCCGAAACCCAUAUCACACACACCAACAUCUCCCACUUAACCAAGAAGAUCCACAACCUUUGUACAAUCGACCACAAUGUAGACGAAGCAAUUCGUCUGAUCACAACCCACAAAUACCCCAUUAACCCUCUUAACAUAAGCAGCAUUGUACACGCUCUAUGCGACUCUUACCGGUUUGCAGAUGCACAUACUUUCCUCACUUGCUUUCUUUCAUUCCGGAAUGUUCCAGAUGAACGAACCUGCAAUGUCAUCAUUGCGCGUUUGUUAUCUUGGAAAACACCGGAUGCUACAUUGCGUGUUGUCAAUCAGAUUAUUAUGUUAAAGCCUUGUUUUGUGCCGUCGGUUGUGAAUUUUAACCGGUUGAUUGAUCAGUUCUGUACGGGUUUGAGGGUUCGGGUCGGGCAUAUGUUGUUGUUGAAGAUGAAGGGGAUGGGGCAGUGGCCGAAUGUGGUGACGUACACGAGUUUGAUUGAUGGGUAUUGUGGGAUUGGGGAGGUUGGGGUUGCACGUAAGGUGUUUGAUGAAAUGUCUGAGUGGGGUGUGAAGGCGAAUUCGCUUACGUUUAGUGUGUUGAUCGGUGGGGUUGUUCGUAACAAGGGUUCGGAGUUUGAAAGCUCGUUGUUGGUUGAGAAGAUGUGGGAACACAUGGAUGAGGAAGAUGAUGUUCUUGUUAAUCAUGCUGCGUUUACGAAUUUGAUUAAUAGUUUUUGUCAAGCGGGGUUGUUUAAAUCGGUUUUUGACGUUGCGGAAAAGAUGCCCGAGUGUAAGAAUAUAAACGAUGGUUUCGCGUAUGCGCAAAUGAUAGAUUCGCUUUGUAGAUACGGAAGGCAUCAUGGUGCGUCGAGAAUUGUUUAUAUGAUGGCGAAACGAGGGUGUGUUCCAAGUUCCGUUUCGUACAAUUCUAUCAUUCAUGGACUUACCAAAAACGGCGGGUAUUUGAGAGCGUAUCAGUUGUUAGAACAAGCGGUUGAAACCGGCUACACUCCGUCAGAAACCACUUAUAAGAUACUAAUCGAACGUCUUUGUUUAGAGGAAUACGAUCUUGUGAAAGCGAAAAAGCUUCUCGACAUCAUGUUGAACAAAGAAGGGGUCGACAAGGCGAGAGUUUACAAUAUCUAUUUACGCGCUUUAAGUCAAAUCAAGACCGAUGUUUCAACCGAGCUUUUGAACACACUUGUUACCAUGCUAGAAACAAGAUGUCACCCUGAUGUGGUUACGUUAAACACGGUUAUUAACGGGUUUUGUAAAAUGGGAAAGGUUGAUGACGGGAUUAAGGUGCUAAACGAUAUGGUUAUGAAAAAGUUUAACUUUUGCACUCCGGAUAGUGUGACAUUUACGACUAUCAUAAGCGGACUAUUAAGCAUCGGAAGGACAAAAGAAGCGUUAGAUAUACUUUUUAAGCUUAUGCCCGAAAAGGGUUUUCACCCGAAUGUGAUAACUUACAACGUUGUUCUUCGCGGGUUGUUUAAGCUAAAUCUUGCGAAUGAAGCGAUGAAUGUGUUUAAACGAAUGGUGGAUGGUGGUGUGGAUGCUGACUGUACCACACACGCGAUUAUGAUUGGUGGAUUAUGUGAAUGUGAUCGCGUAGAUGAAGCGAAGGUGUUUUGGGAUGAUGUUGUUUGGCCGUCGAAAGUUCAUGAUAGUUUCGUUUAUUCGGCUAUGGUUAAAGGGCUUUGUAGUGGUGGGAAGUUUAAUGAGGCUUGUGAUUUUGCAUAUGAAUUGGUGGAUUGUGGGGUUAGGUUAAAUGUUGUAAAUUAUAAUAUUUUGAUUGAAGGUGCUUGCAAGUUGGGUUUGAAGAAAGAUGCUUAUCAAAUUGUUGGAGAAAUGAGAAAAAAUGGGUUAGUUCCUGAUGCGGUUACAUGGAGGAUUAUUGACAAAUUACAUAAGAAGGUUAUCCGAACAGUGAAAAGUGACUAUUCGGAUAAUCACUUUCAAAACGCACAUCCAAACCCCCUUAUUGUGUUAUAAGUUAUCCAUGAUUUUGUGAUCUAGUGUAGUCCAAGUAUACGUGUAGUGUUAGUGUUGCACUCAAUUUAUAGGUUGAUUGAAUGCUAGUUUAAUGGUUCUAUUUGGCAUUAGUGGAAACGGAUGGUCUUGGUCAAGGGCCAUCCUCUUCUUUAUCGAA